AUGGACCUACGGCAGCCAGUGUUACGCGAACUCUUACAGUCUCGUAAUGUCGUGAACCAGACAGCCGUCUGGGCCGGAAGCUGUCCCGUCAUCCCUAUUUCACCAGUCUUACCUCCGUAUUCGUUGGUCAUGAUCAAUGGAUUGCCAAUAGCUAACAGAAAUAUCACCUGUCUCAAAGCGAUCGAGCGAACGUUUCUAGGAUACCUUCGCACAUCACUAGCUACGGCUGUCCUAGGGACUAUAGUAGCGCAGCUCUUCGCCUUGCAGGCGUCAGAUACAGGCUUCGGAUAUACGGCCGUGGGUAAACCGCUCGCUACCUUGUGCUACAGCUUCUCGAUCUGUAUCGUUUUGCUGGGAGCGUUCCGAGCCUGGAGGCUCCAGCACGCCAUGUUUGCUGGUAAGGCGUUAGCCGGAGGGUUCGAACUAACAACGCUCGCGUUGGGGUUCUUGAUUCUGUCGUUAGUCUUCUUUGGCUUUCUAAUUGCUCUCGAUGUAGUCAAAGAGUCUUCGAGCUAG